AUGUCCGUCAUUGGCUCCGUCAGACUGGAUCCGGCCCUCCCAUCUCAAAGUGCGGAGCAAUUGGCAGUUGCAACCCUCCUCAGCGUCCCAGCAGACAUCGGCAGCCCUGCAAUGAAAGCAGGCAUUGCAAGCAGGAUUCAGGAACAGAACAACACUUGCCGGGGUUGUUCGGGGCUGGGUUAUUCUUUGGGGGCUGGCUUGUGCGUGCACACUGGCAGUCUGGCAGCACUGCUUGGCCGGCUGGGGCUGGUGGAGUGGCGGCUCGCAGUUGUCUUGACACGUCCAUGUACCCCACCAUCAAUUUCACUAUGGACAACGACUUUGACAGCGCACCCACCUCAAGGUAACCACCUCACCAGCCCACCACCAUCGGCACCUGCAUCAUCAACCUACCUCUACUCACGGGCAACGGAGGCCGAGACGGGGCCACCUCUUCAGGCUUCAGCUGUCAAUGUCAAUCCCUCCCAUGCGCAAUCCGGGCUGUGCUUACUCUCCAGACUCCAAAGCGCACUACUUCGUACCGCUACCACGAGUCUACGACUACGAAUCACUCAGCAACACAACAGCCAGCCACUCUUCUCUCACAAUCGGCCUCUUCCCGAACGCAUCCAUUCUCUCGAGCGAAUACCUACAGUCUGCGUUUACGCGACCCAAAAGCCCACUGGCUUUCGCUUUCACGCACAUGCGCAUGCGGCUCCUGAUUCAAUCCCAUCUUUAAUCUUAUCCUGCAUGCCUCGGUCGCGGCAGCUUCGAGACAUUAAUCAGAAGACAAGACAGGCGUGCCUCCAACACACCACUCGACCACUACCCCUGCCCUCUUCGUCACCAAUGACCACUCGUCCCCAAUUCCCAUCUCGAUUGCCCGCGUUUAAUCACUACGGAUCGUACAUCCCAAUGGCCGAGAAUGCAUCUUGUUACGAGUUGACUCUGUCCACAGAGUCCAAAUGGCGAGGCCAGCCGAGUAUCCAAGAUGAGGUACCUACAGGACCCCUACGACAAGAAUCCCAUCUCCCUCAUCCGAUGAUUUGUUCCGGCGUAUCUGUACGACAAUUCGUUUGCGGCGCGUAUAUGGAUACGUCCUCCAUGAUGCUCGUGAUGGAUGGCACCCUACCUGCGCCUCAGCCGCCAUGCCGCGUGUUGAGGCGACAUGCACCUCGUUUCGCACUUGGCUCGAGUCGGUAUCGGCAUCGCUACCAGAACGCUCGAUUUCUUCUGUGCUACCGUGGCUACCUACCUAUCCAUGCUAUUAUGUGCGCCAUCACGAACGAUUCCCUCAAAGAAACAGAGGAUUGCACUCAAGCUAAACUACCGUGGGACGUGGGACCUAAUGGAAUGCACCGUUGCAGACUCGAAGCAGGGAGAACUGAGGUCACAAAAGUCACCAAUCGCAGCCCACGCACCGUCUCGUUGAAGCUGAACAGAGGCCGCCGUCCAGCCACCCUCGACACCAUUACGAUCUCGAGCUCUAGCCUUGCAAUCUGUCAACUAACUGUGCCUUCUAGACCGUGUACGAUCAUUGACAGCUGGUCUGCGUUCGCCGCUCGCGUUGCUAGGUCCGCCGCCAUGAACGCCCAUUCACAGGAAAUCGUAGCGACCCGAGCCUGCCAUAUAGCGAUCUGCAUCAGGGAAGCCAACCAGACUUCAGAGCCUUACGGCUGCUGGGUCGAGGGCGGAGUCACAUCUCACGUUCAAAUCCCCGUCCGGCAUCAGAGAUAUGAGCCCGCGCUGCCCGCGUCCCCCCUGACGCGGGAUCGGUUCAGCAAAGACGACGUGAAAUCCAAGUCUGAUGAACAUCGGAUCAGACCCCCUGAGAGCUGCGCCUGGUGUCGAAAGAGUAUACUGCGGCUGCAAAACUGGCUUUAUUACCGGAGUAGUGCCCCGGAGGGAACCCUACCCAUUUUGAGUUCCUCGGUCAUCCGAGUCUCACACGCCUGCUCCUGGGAUGACCUUGCAAGCACUUCAGACCGAGGGGUGCCGUGCCUCCGCCGGGCUUCCCCUGUGGCCUUCUCCCGCCUUGCAGACGCACAAAGUUGGGACGACAUAAGGGGUCUGAUGUGCCAUGGUCGCACUGCGUACCACUCUGCCAUCCGUCGACCUUUGACUAUUGAAAGCUUACAUUCGCGAGGAGGAGUGUUGGAUCGUGAGACGACAUCGACUGGAACCUAUUCAAAGAUGUGGUACAGCACACGAGAAUCGCCGACGCUAUUCCAAAGUACUUCCCACGCUGUCAGGAGCGACAUCCGCGGGCUUGGCACGAAAAAGGACGCAUUGCAGCGGACCAACGACAAAGGCCUUGUUCCUGUUGGUCCAAGUCUAGCCCGCCCUCGAAUGAUUAACAUUAAAAUGACUUUUGGGGCAGCCUUUGUGGAAGGAUGGAGCAGAGACGCGACGUUCAUUGAUCUCUCUGGCGCUGCUUACCUACUCUGCCGGUCGAUUGAUUUGAUUAACGAGGUGACUGGUCAGUUGAUGUCCGGGAAGCUCGGGGCGAUUCGGUCGAAGGCCGGGCGAUAUGAGGAGUUUUUCCCCUACGAGGUUAUGGGUUUUGGGAGCAGUGAAGCGGGCCGACUUGAUCUCCGACGCCGUUACAUUUCCACCUUACCGGCUAACAACCCUGGUUCCGUCACAGUCUGGCCCGGUGGCCGUGUCUUCGCAUUCUUGUUUUUUUGUAUGACCUGGAUCCGAACCAAAUCACGAACUAGGGUUCAGAUCAACAUCUCUUUUGCUGUCUUGAUUUUUGUUUGUAGGACUCGGGACGGGAGACAAUUUGAGCCAAAAUGCUCUUCAGGCUCCACUCUUGAAGAGACUUUUGCGAUCACGUGCUUCGCUGCGGGAGUGUCGUCAGAGGCGAUAAGGCCCGGCCUGGGCUUAUCGGGCGGCCAACCAUCCGAUGAGGACCCCGACAGAAACGGAGCUUAA